ACCCACACGCUCUGACUCCAGCUCGUGAGCACGUCUGCCUCGCAUCCUCCCGCUCCCAUUUUUUUUUUUCCUCUCCGCCGCCCCCUCAUCCAUCCGGAUUGGACUCCUUCCCCUUCAAAAGCAGUUCGGGCGCUCGGCGCUUUCCCAUAUCCCUGCGGCGCGGACCCUUCGGUCUCCCUCCCUAUCUAACCUCAGCCACGUCUCUAAGCCCUAACCCCAGCACACAUACACGCACUAACACGCAGACACGCACGUUUCCUGUCCCUGUGUGACACCCACCCUCUGCCGCACGGCCGCGCGGGUCCCCACACGGUACCCUCCUCCCGCCACACUCACGCACGCGCGCGCAGAGCCGAGCCGAGCCGAGGGCAACUCGCCGACAGUUCGCACUCGGAGGCGACCCGCUCCAGUCGCACAGCGCUGAUGGCAUCUCCGGGCUCCGGCUUUUGGUCCUUCGGGUCUGAAGAUGGCUCCGGGGAUCCCGAGAACCCCGGCACAGCGAGAGCCUGGUGUCAGGUGGCUCAGAAGUUCACAGGCGGCAUCGGAAACAAGCUGUGCGCCCUGCUCUACGGAGACGCCGAGAAGCCCUCGGAGAGUGGCGGGAGCCAGCCCCCGCGGGCCCCCUCCCGGAAGGCCGCCUGCGCUUGUAAUCAGAAGCCUUGCAGCUGCCCCAAAGCGGAUGUCAACUAUGCGUUUCUACAUGCAACAGACCUGCUGCCAGCAUGUGAUGGAGAAAGGCCCACUUUGGCGUUUCUGCAAGACGUUAUGGACAUUUUGCUUCAGUAUGUGGUGAAAAGUUUCGAUAGAUCAACCAAAGUGAUUGAUUUCCAUUACCCUAAUGAGCUCCUUCAAGAGUAUAACUGGGAAUUGGCAGACCAACCACAAAAUUUGGAGGAAAUUUUGAUGCAUUGCCAAACGACUCUAAAAUAUGCAAUUAAAACAGGGCAUCCCAGAUAUUUCAAUCAACUUUCCACUGGACUGGAUAUGGUUGGAUUAGCAGCAGACUGGUUGACAUCAACAGCAAACACGAACAUGUUCACCUAUGAAAUUGCUCCAGUCUUUGUGCUCUUGGAAUAUGUCACGCUAAAGAAAAUGAGAGAAAUCAUUGGCUGGCCAGGGGGCUCUGGCGACGGGAUAUUUUCUCCUGGUGGCGCUAUAUCUAACAUGUAUGCCAUGCUGAUUGCACGGUUUAAGAUGUUCCCAGAAGUCAAGGAGAAAGGAAUGGCUGCUGUUCCCAGGCUCAUUGCCUUCACAUCAGAGCAUAGUCAUUUUUCUCUCAAGAAGGGAGCUGCAGCUUUGGGGAUCGGAACCGACAGCGUGAUUCUGAUUAAAUGCGAUGAGAGGGGGAAAAUGAUCCCAUCUGAUCUUGAAAGAAGGAUCCUUGAAGCCAAACAAAAAGGAUUUGUUCCUUUCCUUGUGAGCGCCACGGCUGGGACCACUGUGUACGGAGCAUUUGACCCCCUCCUGGCGGUUGCUGAUAUUUGCAAAAAGUACAAGAUCUGGAUGCAUGUGGAUGCAGCUUGGGGUGGGGGAUUACUGAUGUCCCGGAAGCACAAAUGGAAACUGAGCGGCGUGGAGAGGGCCAACUCUGUGACAUGGAACCCCCACAAGAUGAUGGGUGUCCCUUUGCAGUGCUCAGCUCUCCUGGUUAGAGAAGAGGGAUUGAUGCAGAGUUGCAACCAGAUGCAUGCCUCCUACCUCUUCCAGCAAGACAAGCACUACGACCUGUCCUACGACACUGGGGACAAGGCCCUACAGUGCGGACGCCAUGUCGAUGUUUUCAAAUUAUGGCUAAUGUGGAGGGCAAAGGGCACCACUGGGUUUGAAGCACAUAUUGAUAAGUGCUUGGAGCUGGCAGAGUAUUUAUACAAUAUCAUAAAAAACCGAGAAGGAUACGAAAUGGUGUUUGAUGGAAAGCCUCAGCACACAAAUGUCUGCUUCUGGUACGUGCCACCAAGUUUGCGUGUCCUAGAAGACAAUGAAGAGAGAAUGAGCCGCCUCUCAAAGGUGGCCCCAGUGAUUAAAGCCAGAAUGAUGGAGUAUGGGACCACAAUGGUCAGCUACCAGCCCUUGGGAGACAAGGUCAAUUUCUUCCGCAUGGUCAUCUCAAACCCCGCAGCAACUCACCAAGACAUUGACUUCCUGAUUGAAGAAAUAGAACGCCUUGGACAAGAUUUAUAAUAACAUAGCUCACUAAGCUGUUUCAAUUCUCUAGGUAGACAAUUAAGUUGUCACAAACUGUGUGAAUGUAUUUGUAGUUUGUUCCAAAGUAAAUCUAUUUCUAUAUUGUGGUGUCAAAGUAGAGUACAGUUUAAAAAUCCAAAAGACAUUGCUCCUUUUAAAAAUCCUUUCCUAAGUUUAGAAUACCUCUCUAAAAAUUAGUGACAAAAGGCUGUGUUCUAAUCAAUAAUGAAAAGCUUAAAAUUGUUAUAACUACUUCCCUUACUUUUAAUAUAGUAUGCAAAUCAAGCUUUAUUUUCACUUCAGAGUAGUAGGAUUGAAUAGUGCCAAAUUGCCCCUGAAUCCUAAAAGGUUCUUUGGGGUGCAGUCCAAAGGAAAAAGUACAUAUAAAAUGUAUGUUGACAAUAAAAACUCUUGCCUUUUUCAUAGUAUUAGAAAAAAAAUUUCUAAUUUACCUAUAGCAACAUUUCAAAUGUAUUUAAAUACAUAUAAUUUUACAAAAGGAAAAUAUAUAUAUUAAAAAGAAAUCCUAUUUUGUAACAUAUAGAUUUUUAUUUUAUAUGGGUUAUACAAACUGCAGGGGCAGAUAUAAAAACUAAGCCAGAUUUUUUUUCUCUUUCUUUUA